AGAAGAAUGUACGUAUAUUUCCUACAUCAGGCUAACGUGUUCAGGAAUGCUGUCUCGCACUGUGGAAUCAGAUAUUUUUAAAAAAACUUUCCUAUUUCUUCUUUAUUUCCCACAGAUCGUGAUUCAGUCGAUUUAAACUCCCUCUUAGUUUAAAACAGUGCUGUUGCUGUUGAUACAUUUACGACUUUAACUCAUGGAAAACACAACAGAAAGUCAAGAUGCUUUUCUGGGCGGUUGUGUAAAAAUAUCUUCAGUAUGGCAUUAUGACAUUCCUUAUUUAUAUUCUUAAUGUUUUGAUAAAUUAAAGACAUUUGUGGAUGGCAGAAAAACGGACCAAAUGUUUGCAGCAUUGGAAAAAAAAACCCUUCCAAAUUCCAAGGGCUGACAUUCAUUCAGGCCCUAAAAACUAUUUCUAAGGCAUAUUCUACAUGUCAGCCACACGUUGCUGGUGAAAUCCCUCAAUUUAUGGAGCAGCUCAAGACUGGUCCUGGAAUGUCUGUGGAGCGAGGCCUUGUUGUUUUCAAAUUGUAACCUCCUUCAUUCAACAUAUUUUUUGGUACCUUUCAGCAAAAAUACUGACGAGAAAGUAAACAUUGGCAAAUCAGACUCACACGUCACUUCUUCCUUUGCGUUUGUGAACCCGUUCUUAUCAUCCUGUUCUAUCUACGCAGUCAUGUAUCACACAUUCCUCUCAGCACCGUUCAAAAUUACGUCAUUAUCAGCUUUUUAAGAAGCCCCGAAACUCCGGGGAAAUCCGUCUUUCCAGACAGAAGCCGAGAUCCUCUGGAAAAACAUCUGCGAGAGAAUCAGCAAUAAACCUGGUGAUUUACACCAAUUAGAUAAUCCUAACAGGACAAAUUCUGGGUCUAGCGCCCGCCUGUUCUCCUACACUCCUUGUCAGGCUCAGGUGAGAGGGAUGAUCUGUUGGCAGAGAAGUGGUUAGUGUCUGUCUCCCCACUUCACCCCGUCUUAUCCUCCCCCCACUUCCCCCCCACCGACUCCUUUAUCUCCGAGGGCUAUAUAUUGGAGGUCGUGACUUGUCUGCAUCUCGAACGUUGCUUGCAGACAUUUGCUUAUGAUACAAUCACCAUAUCUGUGCUACGGUGAACAGAGACGCGAUGGUGCACCUACUGCAGCUGGUUCUGGUUCUGUUUUGCAUACAGAGUGGGGAGGGUCGCUGGAUGAGACACCAGAGUGAUCAAAAACCUGAAGCGGCAUCUCCAUACACACAGGAGGACAAAAAACGUCCAUAUCCAGAUGAGACAGAAGCUUCUGGAGCUCAGCCGUCGACCGCUGCCAUCACUCCCAACCACGUCCGGUCUCGCCGCUCCACCGUGGAAUCUCACUGCAGCUUGCGCUCCGUACUGCUGCAGGUCCGAGACCUUGGUUUAGGCUACGAUUCAGAUGAGAGCAUCCUUUUCAAGUACUGCAGCGGGACUUGUCCCCGCGUCCUCUCCAACCACGACCUGACGCUCUCCAACCUGCUGCUCAGCGGCCUGCUCACUCACCCUGCACCCGGGCAGCAGUGGCACGACUCUCCCUGCUGCAGGGCCACGCACCACGAGGACAUGGCCUUUCUGGACAACUCACACCGAUGGCACAAGGUGGAGAAGCUGUCGGCCGCAGGCUGCAGUUGUGUGGGGUAA